AUGCUGGGCUCGGCUCAUGGGCUUCUUCAACGCGUACGGACCGUCGGACACCGGUUCUUCCACCGUUUCGGCAUACAUUGCGCUACCCACCAAAUACGCGUCAUCCUCAUCUCUGGAGUUGUCAUCACAUCUUUAUUCUAUCCCGCUCUCGCAAUCUACACGUCGGCUCAACCCCGGUUUCUGGCGCAUUUCACCUCGCAGAUCCUUGACCCAUUCAUCGCCGAGAAUGCGCUCUCGGGCUACUAUGCUCAAGAUGACCUUGUCGACAUCUGGUCCGGCUACGACAGCUUGCACCUUCGCGAAGACUCAUUUGCCCAGGCGCGGUGUGGUGUAGAACAUACUCUACGCAUCGAGCGUCUGCUCAUCCAUAGCGCGGCUACGGAUGCGGGGGCAUUGGAUUAUCAGACUCUGGCCUCCGCGCUGGAUCUGGAACGGCUUAUCUCGUCCGAGCUAUCCGUUCGUCAAGUUCCCUGCCUUAAACGGGAUGGCCGAUGUAUGGCCAUCACACCGCUCGCGUUCUGGCAUCACGAUGAGGCGGCACUGCGGGAAGACACGGACAUUCUCAGCGCACUCGACGGCUCGCGCAACAUCUCUGUAGGCUCUGUUCCGGUUACGCCACCCAUGGUCCUCGCUGGGCGCGGAGACAACGCCGCCCAAUUUCUUGUCUUCACGUACUUCUUUUAUGACAAUGACUGCCUUAGCAACACGGGCCAUCUCGCAUGGCGGGAACUGCUCGUCAACUCUACUGCGCCGUUCCCACUCCUAUUGGAUACCCAGGAGCCGCGAAUCGUUGAGCUUACUUAUUCCACGGAGAAGAGUCGUACGACCCCGGACGUUCUCACCAACCUGAUCUAUCUGGCUUACUUCCUAUUCGUCCUCAAGGCGAUACGGGAUUUGCGGCAUCUACCUCCCGUUCAUAAUCCACUCGGCCUAUUCUUCACCGGCGUAGUCGAGGUCGUGGUCAGUACCAUCACGAGCAUGAGCGUCUGCGCUCUUUUUGGGUUCAGAAUUACCACGCUGCCAUGGACGUUAUUUCCGUUGGUGAUCUCGUUCAUUGGUUCAGAGACAAUGACGAAUCUUGUCAACGCGGUCGUCAAGACUUCUAUCGCGCUGCCGGUGAAGGAGCGAAUCGGAGAGGGUCUGAGCAAAGCAGGGACGUCCAACUCGCUGAAGGUGCUCACCUACAAUAUCAUUCUCGGUGUCAUCGCUUUCUUCGCCAAGGGCGCCAUUCGCCACUUUUGCGCCUUCGCAGUCGUCGUCCUUGUGGCGCACUGGUUUCUCGUACACACAUUCUUCAUCGCCGUUCUGUCCAUCGACCUUCAGCGAAUGGAACUCGAAGAGUUACUUCAGCAAAAUGCGAGCGAAGCGAUGUCCACGCCUGUGCCGUCACCUCCUGUACCGAAAGAUGUCAAAGGCAAGCGCUCAGUGGCGUAUGGCAUACGGAGCGUGCUGCGUGGCCGAGCAGCGACCAAUGUCAGCCUGCUUCUUCUUCUCGCCAUCACAGGAACAUUGUGGAUUGCCACAGCGCCUUCGAACAACGUCAGAGACUCGAUGUUCGCUUUCGAUCCUAACGUUGAGCGCUCGAAGUUGACCACGGAAUUGGAAAGCCGCAACCUACCCGCAUAUCACACUUGGCGUUUCCUUAACCCCAACGACGAACCGAGCAUCUACAUGCGUAUCCAAUCUCCAACGAUACUCAUGCUUCAACCUCCGGCAAACCAAACGACAGAAACACCCGCUGGCGCCGUGAAGCAUUCGAGGAGCAUGUCAGCUCUCUAUCUUCGGACAGUUACUUGGCUGCUUCGCAUUGUUAUCUUGCCCAUGGGAAUCACGUUGGGCGCACUAUACGGACUGCUGCUCUAUCUUUUGAAGGACGCGGACAGACUCGAAGCCCAGCGUAAUCGAGCCGAGGCGGAAACUCCUGCGCCGGACGAGGCUCCAUCUCUGGACAAGCAGGUCAAGUUCGAUACACUACCGCGCGCGCUACCCACGGAUGCGGACCUCAUCGCCUCGAGCACGGAUGGCAGCAUCGUCGUCGUUGUGGGCAUCGAGAACGAGACGGUUGUGUGGGUCCGCGAGACGCAGAUGCACUACACUGUUCGGACGACGGAGCUACUAUUGCGCGGCGCGAGUUCCUCCAAUACGGCAUCGGCGGUCACUGCUGUCACAGUGAACGACGACGGAAGUGCAUUUGUCCUCGGGACAGGAACAGGCGUCGUUGCUCUAUGGACCAUUGAGAACAAUGUACCGCGCGCUUCGCCCAUCAUCGCCGCGUCUCCGUCGUCUUCUGCCGUAGUGCAGCUCAACUUCGCGAACCCUCGCCUAUUGCCUUUCGCUCAAGCCGCUCCUCCCAGCUCGCGCCCACCUUCGCCUUUACAGUCAUUGGUUUUGGCCGCUGCAUACGAGAACGGCAUCGUGGCGAAAUGGGAUACCCGCGCGCUUAGCAGCCCCACCAAAGUCAUUCCACCUGGUGCCGGCGUACUCUGGUCUUCCCUCGUGAAAAUGUCGAAGCCGGAGCGACUUCUCGCAUUCUACGCGAUGAACGACGGCACACUCGAGGUGCAUGACCUUUUGCCGUCGCUUGACAACAUGCUCGCGGCGGAGAUGCGUCUUGCUGUCGGCUCACCCGACGAUCCACCUGCCCGUGCCCAUGCGGCUUACGUGGACCUCGGCGGUGUAACCAGCCUUGUGAUCGUCGCCGCAACGGAUGCUGGCGUUGUCACUGUAUGGGACGCGAACACGGCUGAAUGCGUAUCCGUACUCGAAGACGCGCUCGGCCAGAUCUCUUCCUUGCGCAUCGGCGCCGUCCCUCCGCAGCCGUGCCCUCGCUGUCACGAGCUCCCCGCGGACGGCUUCAUACUCGCCACGAGCGUAGGCAGCAAUGUGCUAGCCUACAGAGCGCAAUUACCUUCACUUGGGCGCCGCCAUUGCAUGUGUUCAUGUCCAGCGAACGACGCGCCUGCGCUAUGGAGCUCCUCAGCUUCCCGCAGACGCACGUCGAGCGUAGCGUCGAGUAAUGGCUCGGCAACACCUCGCUCACGACAACCUUCGGUAUCUGAAGGGCACUUCAUCGAGCCGCCGCCCACAUUCCCGAUAUCCGGACACGGUAGCCUCUCAAGGCGAGGUUCACAGAAGGAUCUCAAGGGCGCUCGAAUGGCGUCCGAGUCAGCGCUUACAGUCACGCUAGACGCUGACGAGAAUGGGCAUGCAAGGGAGCUCGGGAUCUUCAAGUGGGGCCCGGCGAUCCGCUCGCGAUGGAAGGAGGUUACGCUGGAGCGCUGUGCUGAGAUUGCAUGCGAUCGUGGCACUUGGGACAUCGUGGGUGGGCGCGUUGUUGGCAUUCGACGGCGUCCACGGGUAGCCCAACCUACGACGAGCGGGGCCAACAAGAUGCUACCCUUCGUGUCCAUGCCACGCUCGGCUGAGGAAGCCAGAGGGCUUAGCCUCGCCUCGCGCGAGCGCUGGGAACUCUGGACCCUCGACACGCUACAGGGUCUGGCGCCUCUUGCCGUCGCGCUGACGGCGCUAGCGUCUGCCGAGGCACGACCGCGGCGCGAGGCUGAUGAGACGCCGCGCCUCCCUUUCACCCGUGUUGCAUCGCUGUUUGCUGGACCUGCACAUGCACUAGCUGGGUUUGGGAACACUGUCGGCGUUUUCUCGUUUGAGUCGGGGUAG